AUGGAAGAACAUGAAAGUCAGGUCCUCCAGGUUGAAUGUAGCAUGGAAUGCUCUCUGCUUGGUGAACAAGAGCAAAGUCACUCAGCAGGUACUGAUAUAGUUCAUGGUAGGCGGUAUUUAUUAUAGAAUUGCAUAAUUGAGUAAAAUCACGCAUUCUGAUUGGUUAACGAAGAGAGGUAUUCAGUGUGGAAUUGCGAGUUGAAAACGAGGCUAAGGGAUGUUUUUUCGCAUCUACGUAACAACUAUCGUCAAAUUGUAACACAACAACUGCAAAAAAGGUUUUCUACAAUGUCAUUUUAAAAUGUUUUCAAAAUCAUUGUCACCUUUUGUAUAUCCUUUCUUAACAUACUGUAAUAUCGCCUGGUCCUCCACCUACUGUUCCAGCCUAAACUGUAUUUACCUUUUGCAAAAGUGUCUAGUGCGGCUCAUAACAAAAGCUCACUAUCUAGCAAAUACCGCCCCUUAGUUUAGCCAGCUUAAAGUCCUUGACAUAUUUAGUAUUAAUUCAUUUUCUGUCACUACUUUUAUGUAUUCUUAUCACCAUAAUCUUUUGCCUAGUAGCUUUCGAGACUUGUUCUUAAGUAGUAAUCAAGUCCAUCAAUACCAAAAUUAGACUGGCCUCUCAGUAUAGACCUCAUUUUUGUAGAUCAAAUAUAAAGCAAUUCAGCAUCCUUUACCGAGGACCUUAAAUCUGGAAUUCGUUGCCUGUUUCACUAAUUAGCUCUCCUUCUAUAUUUGUUGUUAAAAAAAAUUUAAAGAAUUACCUUAUAUCAAUCGCAACGUUAAAAUCAGUGCUUUGCCUUGGACACUUCAUUUCUUUCAGUUUUGCUACCGAAGAGGUAAAAGGUGUAAAUUAUUUUCCUUCGCGAGCAAAUGACCAAUUUGAAAAAGGAUGUUAUAGAUAACCGGCUUGUAAAUUCAAUGAAAUACCUCUAUUUAUCCUUACAAUUAGUGUGAAGCUUGUUCAUGUGUAAAAAAGUUUGAAAACAAAUGUAAAAACAAGCACAAGGUACAAAAAAAGUUGUCAAAGGUUCAAACGUGUAUGACUGACCUUGCUUCCUAUUCGCUAACGCAAUGACAGGUUUGACAUUUGACUUUGAAAUGGCUUUCUGGGGCGUGCGCUCAGGAUAAAAACAAACAGUAUUAUUGGUGUUUUCUUUUUUUUCUGAUUUUUAUUCGAUUAUGCGAUUCAAGGAAAAUCCAUUACCUGACUCAUGAAUUCCACGUUAAAUUGCACUUGAAAACCAAUAUCGGUUUUCGUGUGCAAUUUAACAUGAAAUUCCCUCGUCAGGUAAUGAAUUUUCCUAUAAAACUUAAUAAUAUACGUGGAAAAAUUUCUUGAAUCAGAUUGGCUUAGAGCAGUGCAGUUUUUAGUAAACACAGUACAAAAACAAGGAAACAUAAGGCAAAAAUAAGGAAAUAAAGUGCAAAUUUCUCAGAGAAUGAAAACCUGUGAUUGGCUAAUAAACAAUCAGUGUUCUCCAGCAGCGCGGGCAACUGGCAGUUUCACUGGGAACUCUUUUCCAAAGUGCCAGCUACUCUUAUGAGUCAAAACAAAAAAAAACUGUCUGUAACUUUUAUCUUGAAUUUUUGUAAGUUCCAUUUUUUUUCCGCUGAAGGAUAAAACGGCACCAAGCAAAUCGUGUUCAUUUCUUAGAAUACUAAAAACAUGCAAUUUCAUCGAAAAUAACAAACAAACAAAAAAGCCACAAGAGCUUGUUUGAAAGUUUAUCGAAAAAACACAUGAAAAUACAUGGAACUAAAGUGCCUUGAACAGCUACAAAAGAAGACAGGUGUUGUUUAUUCAUAGUUGCGAAGCCACUCGCUGAGGCACUUGCCGAUAGAUAGCUGCGGCUUGUUUAUCCGACAUGAAGAAUAUAAAUCACAAGCAACCAGAAUACAGGCUAUGCAGCCAUUCACUACAGCAAUCGAGGCGUCAGUAAAGCUUCUUUUUCUUGUUCAGCAAAACCAGCUUGUGGCUUCAAACAACUUCAUAACAAGCGACCAAGGUAAUAGUUUAUCUCCGUUGUUCUUACUUUUGUAACUGCUCCAAAAAUCCAAAUUCACACUAAUUUUGAUGGCUGUUAAGAAUUAUUUUUCUUCACAUUAUCUGCCAGGUUUUUUUAGCUGUCCCACUGUGUAAAAUCCUAGAAUCUCGAUGAGUUUUUAAAAGUGUUCAUCUCUACAAUGUUUUGAUUUUUCAUUCAUCCAGUCCAGGCGAGUCGGUUCACGCGUUGACAGUUCUGAUAGACAUGUGACAUGUGAAUAGCGCAACUCCCUUGUCUUUUCUGGUUUGUUCUAACAAGAUUCAAAGGGAUUUUGUGGGCGUUUUUAAUAAAAUAAUUAUUAUUCCACUUGCGCUUGUUGGAUGAGAUGAUUAUAAUUGCCAACUCGGCGCUAUGCGUCUCGUUGGCUAUUUACCAUCUCAUAUCCAACGUGCCCUCGUGGAAUAAUUGUUAAUUAUAAAAUAACUAAGAUAGUACAUGCAUUCUGAUUGGUUAAAAACCAAUAGUUUAUUGUGCCGGUAAAAUCAUAGAAAACUGAAACAUGCUUUAAAGUUAUUUUAUAAAAGUAAAAGACCACAUUUUCUAAAGGUUUGCUGGUGUAAUAACCCACUUGGGAUGUUGGGAGAAGACUGGAAAAGCUUGUAAACCACCAGCUUAACAUCUCAGAUCUCUGGGCCUCAUGCCCCCAAACCCCCCCUUAGAUACAGUACUCUCGCUUUACCAGCACUUGGUGUCAGGCACCAGUUACUUUACAUUGGGAGCUGGCUACUCUAAAACUUCUGGAGAACAUUGAACAAUAGAAAUAUAUAAGAACCAAUGAGCCUCAGGUGUCACAAUCUGCUUGCUUAUCUCCUUAGCCAUGGAAGAACAUGAAAGUCAGGUCCUCCAGGUUGAAUGUAGCAUGGAAUGCUCUCUGCUUGGUGAACAAGAGCAAAGUCAAUCAGCAGGUACUGAUAUAGUUCAUGGUAGAUGGUAUUUAUUAUAAAACUUAAUAAUAUACAUGGAAAAAUUUCUUGAAUGAGAUUGGCUUAGAGCAGUGCAGUUUUUAGUAAACACAGUAAAAAACAAGGAAACAUAAUGCAAAAAUAAGGAAAUAAAGUGCAAAUUUCUCAGAGAAUGAAAACCUGUGAACAAUCAGUGUUCUCCAGAAGCGCAGGCGACUGGUGGUUUCGCUGGCUACUCUUAUGACUCAAAACAGUAAAAAAACCUGUCUGUACCUUUUAUCUUGGAAUUUUUCAGAAGGUCCUAAAAGAAACAAAAACAAUAACUUGUCGUACAAAAAGCUCUUUGGUGUAUGACAAUUUGCCUUUUGCUAAUGGUAUUAUCGAUAUAUUUACUGAAUGAUUUUUGAUGAGACAUUGCCAGAUAAUAUUUUUAAUUAUAAAAUAACUAAGACAGUACAUGCAUUCUGAUUGGUUAAAAACCAAUAGUUUAUUGUGCUGGUAAUCUCAUAGUAAACUGAAACAUGCUUUAAAGUUAUUUUAUAAAAGUAAAGACCACGUUUUCUAUGGAUUUACCAGCAUGAUAACUCACUUGGUUCUUGGGAGAACUCUGGAAAAGCUUAUAAAUCAUGAGCAAAACUUCUCAGAUCUCUGGGCUUAAUGUCUCCAAACCCCUCCCUUAGAUACAGUACUCUCGCUUUAUCAGUGCUUGGUGUCAGGCACCAGUUUCUUUGCUUUGGGAGCUGGCUACUCUAAAACUUCUGAAUAACACUGAACAAUAGAAAUAUAUAAGAACCAAUGAGCCUCAGGUGUCACAAUCUGCUUGCCCAACUUAUUAAGAUUAUAUCUUAUCUUCUUAGCCAUAGAAGAACAUGAAAGUGAAGUCCUCCAACUUGAAUGUAGCAUGGAAAGCUCUCUGCCAGGUGAACAAGAGCAAAGUCAUUCAGCAGGUACUGAUAUACCGGUAGUUGUUUAUGGUAGAUGGUAUUUUAUUAUGAAAGUUAACAAUAUACAUGAAAAAAUUUCUCUGUGAAUUUGAUUGGCUUAGAGCAGUGUACUUUUUAGUAAACACAAUGCAAAAACAAGGAAACAUAAUGCAAAAAGAAAGAAAUAUAAUGCAAUUUUAUCAGAGAAUGAAAAACUGUGAUUGGGCUAAUAAACAAUAGAAAUUUAUCAGAACUAAUUAAGUGCCACAAUUUGCUGGUGGGAAGCAUGUAUACUUUUAAAACUUCCCCCUUUUUGGUGUAAUUAAUUAUGCUCUGUUGUCUUACCUAAGUAAUCUUUCCUUUUUCUUGUAACACUUUUUUCGUCAAUGUUUUAUUUUAUGAAUUUACCUGAUUAUUUUUAUUUAUUUAUUCAUUGUGGGUUUUUUUUUUCAUUUUUGUAACCAAGAUUUUGAAAUUAAUAAAGGUGUGGGUGGGCGUGUGUGUGUAACAAAUAAGAAUGUUAAAACUUUCAUAUAUAUAUUUUUUACAUGGACUCAAAAGAGCAGCUAUAUAAUCAGUGAUUUUGUUACCUCUGCAUUCUAUCUAUGUUCCUGACACAUAAAAAUCGCCAAAGACAUAAAAUAAUUCAUGGAUAUAUUGAUCUGAACGUGUGUAUUUGUAGAAAUAUCCCGUACGUGUAAUUUCUGUGGCAGUUAUGGUUGUUGUUUAGUGAUGCAUAUUUGUUUUAGCCUUUGUUGACUUCUGCUUUAAAAUAGAAGAACUAUAUUUUAAUUUCAGUAUACUAUAAUACAGAGUUUUGGAAUGUGUCUUCAGAUUAACUGUCUGCGGCUGGUACAUAAAGGCCCAAACAUUUUCCAUUUUGGACUCAUUUUUUUUAACUGGGACUCAUUGGUUCUGGACUGGGACUCAUGAUUUCUCACAAGAUGAGUCCCAGAAUUCAUCAUAUUUAUUUGCAACAAAAACACUGUAUAAUUCAUUGAUUAGACCUUUUGUCGUGUUCUUGUUGUGGUAAACAUGACAAGUCAUCAUGUCUGCACUUAAUUAUCCAUGACUGGAUUGUAGGAUUUUUGUUCUGUUUGUAUUUGAUCGUGCAUUAUUAUUAUGGGAAAACUUACCUUAGGGUUGCAUUACUUUGACUAGGACAAAGUUAAAAUACAUUGAAUUCUCAUAGAGAUAAUAAUUUUUUGGAUUAUAAUAAUGAGUUCAUUGGUUGGGUCACUCCCAUUAUAUUUGAUGACUGGUUUAUGAAAUAUCAGCACUUAGAAAAUGAUUGUCAAGGUUGUUGUAUUAUCCGAAGUUUCAAAAGUAGAAAUAUUGUGUAUUUUGUAUUUGAAAUCAGGUUUGCAGAACACUUCCACAGAUACAGCUUUAUAAUAGUAAUUCUUGUACAGUUAUACAAGCAUGCAGUACUAGGGUGCGAAGAAAAGGAGGUCAGUUUUGUGCUUGUCCUUCGGGAAGGCUGUAGCUUGCAUCUGUUAGCCCAAGAAUCGCAACUCUAUUAUCCCUCAGGCAAGAUAAAAAAUAGAAUCCACUAGCCCCAUAGCUUAUAUGAAUUGUGUAGUUGGUUAAUACAAAUAAUUCAUUUACUAGGAGAAGAGUUGGAACAACACACUCCUGCAGUAGAAAAUGGCCCAAUUGAGGGAGCAAGCAACGUGCAGGAAACACAGCAACCUCUUCCAGAAGUAAAUAAUAGUAGCCACUUAGAAGAUGACCGCCUAAUUGCUAGAGCAAGGGCAGUUGGUGUGGACUAUGAGUUUCCAAAGCCUGGUGAAGUGGAAACGGAGGAUGACAGAAGAAAAGAUUUUAUUUACUUGAAUCCAGUCCAUUCCUUUUUCUCUCCAACAACAAUGAUAUAUUAA